CACGCGCUCUUGCGUACCCUUCGAAACUGGAACCAUUCCGUGUCUGCAUUAGCAAGAUCUUAAAAGCUUUCCGAAAUGGGCCAUCUCACCCAGUUAGCGAUAAUCCUCUGGAAGAAUCUGUACGUGCAAAAACUGAAGCGCCAUUACCUCCUGACGGCCGCAGAGGUGCUCAUGGCAGCACUGUGUUUCGUCGGCAUUGAAGGAGACCGGCCGAUCAUUCCAAGGCCCAACGGCACAGAGCCCCCUUACUUGGCACCGUUCCUCGUGUACAACGCCACCACAGCGGCAGACGUGCACAAGCCUAAGGUUCUCCUCUACUCUCCGAACGGCGUAGCUACCGUCAAGACGCUCGUGGAAUCUGCUUUCCAGGGCUACCCUUCGGUGCAGCUUAUGGGCUAUCCCAACGAGGACGCGUUGAUGAAUGCGUUCCGGAAGGAAGCGCCCAUACCAGAAAGGGGCCCGGACCAGACGGUUAUCACGUUGCAAGUUGAGGUGUCGCUGGCUCCCGCCAAUCUGCAGUACAUCGUGGGCUUCUAUGACAAUGGCGACUUCGUAUCUCGUCGUUACAAGAACUACCCCAUAUUCGACCCUCUCCCGGAUGCUGUGACCCAACGUGAAACUGUAACUCUGUGCCAAAUGGCCCUGGGAAGCGCAUACUUGAACAUGGUACGCACUUCGAGAAAAUACGCCAACGCUUCACUGUACGACGUCGUCAGCCAUCGAAUACCACAGGGACCUCACCCAUGGGAUACGGAAAGCCGCCGUUACAUUCUGGCAAUCCGCUUGGGAGCAGCAUUCCUUCUGCCCUUCUGUGUCUUCGUUGGCAAGAUGGUCCGGGAAACCGAAACUGGCAUCAAAGAGCGCCUUUGUAUGAUAGGCAUGCACGACUGUGCCUACUGGACAGCGCAGUUCAUCACCUCGAUGGUCGUCGGAACGGUCGCUUCGGCGCUGGUAGUCGCCUACAUGUCGUGCUACCCGUUGACAGGCCACGGUGUCUCGCAGACCUUCUUAGACGACACGAGCAAGACAGUGGUCUCCUUCUGCUUCUUGCUCUUCUGCGUCCAGUACACGGCGGUCGCUAUGGCGAUGUCCCUCUUUUACACGAACCAUGUAGCCGCUGUAGCCUUUGCCUCCUUCUUCUGGAUGACUGCCUCCUUUGUGCCUUGCAUGGUACUCGAGGACUGGAGUGGCUGGUCAGCAUAUUAUCUCACGCUCCAUCGUUACACGAAGCUGUUAAGCUCACUCCUUCCGUGCAUGGCGGUUCACUGGUGUUUCCGAAUCAUCGGCUGUGCCAACUUGGUUGGAGAACAGUACGGCUGGAACUGUAUUGGCCAUUAUGUUCUGGACCUUGAUAACAUAACCAUGGCGGAAAUCUGGGUGUGCAUGACUGCAGGAACCAUCGUGUCGCUCGUGAUGGUGUGGUAUCUCAGCAACGUACUGCCUUGGGCAAGGGGCGUGCCGCGUCCCUUCUGGUUCUUUCUGAGUUCCCGCUACUGGCUUCCAGCCCAUAUGGGGACUUACGUUGAAGCCGAGUCCCAAAGACCCGAUGACGUGUACUUUGAAGAAGGACCAAGCGAUACCAAACCAGCUGUCAUCCUUGAUGGGUUGGGAUUGGAAAAGCAGCAGUCGUACAUCUUGCACGACAUGAACUUCAAAGCUUACUUCGGUGAGAUCACAGUUGUGCUGGGCCCCAAAGGAGCGGGAAAGACUCAAUUGGUUAGCCUCAUUGCUGGCCUUGUGAAACCGACGAGGGGCCGAGUCAUCGUCAACGGUUUCGACAUGGCAUCGGAGACGCGAUCCGCUAGAAGGGAGCUUGGGCUCUGCGUGAACCCAGAUAUCCUCUUCGAUGAUCUCACGGGUUACGAAACGCUCGUGCUAUUUGGCAUCAUGAAGGACAUCAGCCGCGACAUACUCUACGUACGGAUCACUGAAGUUCAGGAUGCACUGGGGAUUUCACCAGUUAUGAGUACUAGACUUACCAGUGAGAUGUCAAGGUCCCAGCGUCGUCUGCUUACAAUUGCUGGCGCUAUAUUGGUAGGAUCUGGCAUCAUAGUCCUCGACGAGCCAGCCGCUGGCCUCGAUGCCUAUGGUCGAACAACAUUGUGGAGUACAUUGACGAAGAUGAAACAUUCCGGCCCUACAUGCAUUAUCAUAGCCACGGCUGACGCGCUAGAAACGGAAAACAUCUGCGACCGCAUUGCCAUUCUCGGCUACGGCGCGCUCAAGUGUCAUGGUUCAAGGGCUUUCGUACGGAGACGUUUCGGCUGCGGACUCAACGUUCGUCUCGAGAAGAUGCAUACGGGGUUCGCGACCGGCGCCAUUAUUGACAUUGUGCAGAUGCAUGUGCCGGAUGUGGUUGUCGUAUCCAACAGCAAGGAGGCUAUGGUCCUCGGCAUGGGUGAGCAAAAGGAUCUGCGUGUCAUGGCCGUAGCGGUGCAGAUGCUGGAACGGGACAGAGGCAGUCUUGGAAUCUUUUCCGUAACCGUAUUCUCGGAUACCAUGGAGGAUAUAAUGAUCCGUCUUGUGAUUGACCUGGUCCCGAAGCCAGUAAGGGUACGGGGCAGAGAAAGCUCGUUCCGCCAUCAAAGCAUUGUCUCCAGGCCAUCGCAGACCACCCUUGCAGACUACACUGGGGGCUCCACAACACCAGUGAACGUCCCGGCUAUGCAUAUUGAAGGCCUAACGGCUCUGCAAGGACCUUGCGAGCCUGAAGUUGACGUGCGUGUACACGUCAAGGAGCUGUGGAACCUGAAACCGGCCCAUCCGACAACCACGCAAGUGUUCUGGGCUCUCCUAGCGAAAAGGGUAUUUUACACGCGACAAACCUGGGGUCUGCCUCUAUUCUGCUGGUUCGUGCCCACGGCCGUGGUUUUCUUUAUGUGCCAUCUGGAAACCACGCUUCAUUUGCGUCGCAAUCCCAUGACGCUCACCUCACUGUCGCCCGACACGCUUGUGUACUCACUGCGCGACAUGUAUCCGUCGUCCAACGUCUUCAUGGCGCACGACAAGCUCGCCGAACCUCUCGCCCAUCCGCUGUACCAGACUCUAGUGGUAGAGAACGCCGGACUCAUUGCGUCGAUAGACAAAUUGGAUGCGUUUCUGUUGCACCUGGCGGAAAGACGUACUCUCGGUAUUGCUGAGGAAGAUUUUCUUCUGGGUGCGCACUUCACUGCUGGUGGAAGAUCGAAGCGACAUGCUGUGGCAUACUACAAUGGCGAUACCUAUCAUACUCAAGCAAUUUCUCUAAACCUCAUCAACACGGCCUUGCUCCGAAGCGUCUCGAGCGAGCCAACCGCGAAGAUCACUGCCGUUCUUCGUCCUAUCCGCACCAGUCCCAGAAUGCACACGUCUAAGCGCGUCGGCAACGUAGAACGCGCCCGUAUUCUGUCCAGAAUAGGCACGGACCGCGUCGUGCGCUUUCUUCUUUUGCCCAUAGCUACCGGGGCCGUCCUCGCGAGCUUCGUCCUCUUCCCCAUCGACGAACGGGUCACCCGGGCCAGGACCAUACAGACGUUCUCCGGCGUGACCCCAGCCGCCUAUUGGAUAUCGAAUUACACCUGGGACUUGAUCGCGGCGCUAAUUUCUAUUCUCUGCAUGCUGUUACCCGUGUUCUUCUGCCACCCGCACGUGGUGAGGCUUGUGGUUUACAUCGUCUGCUUCACUCUUGCCUAUGUCCACUGCACGGUUCCUCUGGUUUACAUGUUCUCGUUCGUGACCGACUCUAUGCUCGUUGGGUUCUUUACGCUCAUGGCAGCUCUGUCGUUCACUGGAAUGUCUUCCACAAUGUGGUACUCCCUAUUCUUGGCUGAGAGCGAAAAAGGCCAAGAUCUCUUUCAGCCGGCGGAGAGGAGUGACGUUCUCUAUUUGCUCUAUCCUCUGCCGCCCUUUACCUAUCACUGGUCUAUAGUCAAGGUUAUCCAGCUCUCCUUGGAGAACUGGAUCUGUACCGAGAACACUGCACAGGACCUGCACGACAUCUGUGCUUAUAUUCAGAACAGCAAAGAAGGAGCCGCUGCUCUGUUGACAGGAUUGCGCUUCUGCUGCGCGGAAUUUUAUAAGAACAACAUGACCCACCUAUCAACUCUCGGAUAUCUCAGUUUCCAUCGGGAUUCAGCCGGGACAGAGCUCCUCGUCAUGAUCAUCGAAGGAGCGCUUUUUAUGUUGCUGCUGGUGACCUACGAAGGCGGAGUAUACCGACCUUUAGUUGGAUUCCGCUCGGAAGGAACGCCUUCCGGACAGCCUCCGCAAGACGUGGCAGAUGAGAGAAGAAUCGUGGAGAAAGCAACAGCCCAACGGGACUUCAGCAACGCUGCUCUAUACGUCCACAACCUCCAAAAGAGGAUCGGGCAGCGCACUAAGGUCCGCGGCGUCAGCUUCCACGUGAAACCUGGCGAAUGUCUCGUUAUCUUUGGCCUACGUCACAGCGGCAAGAGUACUCUGAUCAACCUUCUCAGUGGCGUCCAAGAGGCUACGGCCGGCACGGCCAAUAUGCCGGAUGUAGCCCUCACGGACCUCGAGGACUGGCAUCAGCGCAUAGGCGUUUGCCCCGACUACGAUGGGAACCUGGGCAGCCUUACUGUCCAUCAAACGCUGUGGGUGUACGCCAAGAUCCGAGGCAUCGAGAGUGGCCGCGUGGAAGAGCUCGUGUCACACGUAGUAAACCUGCUUAAUCUGCGGAAUUAUGACACGUGGUACGUCAAAGACUGCGAUGCCUCCGUACGUCGAAGGUUGGCAGUCGGCGUAGCAGUCGUAGGCCUGCCACCUGUCGUGCUUAUGGACGAUCCUGCGUUUGGGUUGGAUGCGGUCUCCAGGCAGAAUAUCUAUGAUACAAUUCGUUUGAUUAGAGAACUUGCAACGUCGGCGGUUGUGAUCGCAACAAGCAGCAUGAGCGACUGCAAAUUGAUGUCUGACCGCAUGGCACUCAUGGUGGACGGGCAGUUCCAGAGCAUUGGCACAGAGAAGGAUGUUCUCAAGAGGCUCUGUCAAGGUUGCCAGCUCAGACUCCGAUUCCUUCCCUUCCAAGCGGAGAACGCCGUGUUCAUGGUCUACGUCAACCGAAGAGUUCGUCAUUGGUUCCCAGAGGAGGUGGUGUCCCUCUGUAUGAGUCCCGACCAGUGAUGAUGGUAUGCCACGGAGAGGUGAUGACGGUGCCCUGUCUCCAUGGCCGCGCCCGUGGAACUGAAGAGCAGGUGCUCCAGGCGCACCCACCAUUGCUGUCCACCGGCCGCCACAGUCUAUUUGCUUGAAUCGUGAACUUUCUCUCUGAUGGCACCUUCCCUUCAGACGGUCAAUCUGUCUCCUUAGCAUAUUAGGGAUGGGCAGUAUUUAAAUGCAUUGUAAUUGAAAUAUUGUAAAUAUAAAUGCAUGUAUUUAUAUUUUGUGUUUAAGUACAGACUUGAAAAAUGUAUAUACAAUUAUAUUUAAAUACAAAUUUCUCUGUAUAUAUUUCCAUAAAUUCUCCUAAAUAUGCAAGAAGGGCAAAGCAGGGCUUGGAGAGACUGCGCAGUUAUGCUGUGUUUUCGCAAAUGCGCACAUGCAACAUUUUAAGAUGGUGAUAUUUUCACUGUUGUUGCUGACAACUGCCGGGACUACCCGGCUACCUUGUUGUAUGAAGCUUCGUAAAAUUUAAUAUGGGACUUCUGCAUCGGCACCUGUGGAGAAAUGUCCUCUGCGAAUCGAAUUCUACAGCUGAACAGAAUAUGCCCAGAAGAUGCAGUAUUCGAGAAGCUUCUAAUAUUAAAAUCGCCAUGAUAAUGUAAGAAAUAAAUGCUAUUCUACCUUG